GCACGUGAGGGCGGAGUGCUAUACGGCGUUCAAUGUUGUGAUCUAACACGUGAAAACCAUGGCUAAUUCUCUCCAGUCUUAUGUUGAAAAGUAUCUUCUGAAUCCAGCGGCUUCAUUUAAUGUGGAUGAUGAAGACCAAGUAAUAACUAAAGCACAGGUAGUAGAUUCAGUUGCAAAGGAAGAGAGUGCUGAUCAGAUUGGGCAACCGAUAAGCAAACUUAGAGCACAGAGUGCUGCUCUCUUAUCAGAAAGUGAUCCUCGAUAUAAAGGCAAGAAGGUUUCUCGCAAGGAUCUCAAGAAAGAUAAUGAAGUCACUUUUGAUCCAUCAUUGAGCAAAUUCUUUGUCAUAGAGGGUGAUGAAGAAGAGGAAGGUAGUGAUGAAAAUGAGGAGGAUGAGGAAGAUGGAGAAGAUGAGGAAGAAGAUGGAGAAGAAGAAGAGGAAGAGGAGGAAAGUGAAGAUGAUGAUGAGAGUGAGGAAGAAAGUGUAACUGAAGUGAAUGCAGGGUUGAAGAAAAUGGCUUUGAAACAGGCUGUCAAGAAAAACAAAGCAAGAGAUGAGGAGUUGGAUGAAAGCUUGUACAGUGAGGAAGAGGAUGAAUCCACAACGAAGAUUCGUGAGAGGCUCCAGAAUGACUCAAGUGAAUUCACAUUUGAUAAGGAUGGGGACUUCAGCAAAUAUGGUGAAGAUUUUGAAGAUGAUGAAGAUGGUGAUGAUGAUGAUGACGAUGACGAUGACAAUGAAGAGCUAAGUAUAGAUGAAGAGGAGGGUAUAGAUUCUGAGAGUGGUUAUGGAGGAUCUCUCAAGAAAUUCAGCAGCGAAGAUCAGUCGGAAGAGGUCAGGAAAGGUCGAGCAGUGAAAAGUCAGUUAGAUAAAAUUCACUUUGCUUUAAAUAUAGGGAAAUAUUGCUCUAGCAUAUUUCAGAGAUUCUUUUCACGCGAAUGGGUUAAGCCCUACAAGAAAUAUAUGACUCAUUGUUUGAGAAGUCGCAUCAGUAUGCAGAAGAUGGUGAGUCAGACAAACCAGUUACCACAGUGUAACACCUUCAAGCUGUUUGUACGGGAGAAUGAUCCAAACUACACCAAGAAUCUUUCCACUGCAAAGUCUGCAACCAAGGUCUUGCUUAACACACUUCUGGAUAUACAGGAAUUAAUCUUAAAAAAGAAUCCAGAGACACAACACAUAAUAACUGGUAAACAGAAGAAGGAUAUGGGAACAGAGAGUGAUGAAGAAAUUACAAGUAGUGAAGAUGAAAAGAUGGAAGAAGAGGAGCAAAAGGAGACCAGUAAAGGAACCAAACGAAAAUUAAAGAUGGAAGAGUAUGAAGAGCUCUUGAGUAAAAGACAUGCUGCAUAUAUUCCAUUCCGGGAUGAAACUGUAAACAGGUGGUAUGAAAAAACUAAGUUGCUAUCCAGUCGCAAUGCUCAGAACUCAUUUAGCAGUUUUGAAGUAUCAGCCUUGCAGCAGAUGAAAAACAUUUUAGGCAACAAACAACAACUGAUUCAACGUACACAGCUGACCGGUGCAACUAGAGGAACAGCAUAUCACAUUCUAGGUCGCAAGGAUAGCACCAGUACAGAGGUGGGAAAGGAAGAAUAUGACCCCGAGAUAUUUGACGAUAGUGACUUUUAUACAAGGUCACUGGAAGAGGUACUGAAAGCUAAGGUGGCACUAUCAGAAGACAUGACAGAUGUGUCAAGGAAAUGGAUUGAAAUCCAAAACCUACGUAAGAAAGCCAAGAAGAAAGUAGACACCAAAGCCAGCAAGGGACGGAAAAUUAGGUUCGAUGUUAUGAGUAAACUUCAGCAGUAUUUAGCACCUUGUUACCCUCCACAAAUGGAUGAUGGUGCCAUUAAUAUUCUUUUUGCUUCUCUGUUUGGCAAUGCUGUCAAGAAUGUGCCAAAUAGUAAAACAGAGUCUGUUACUGAAGAACAGAAGUGACAGGAAAGAGGAAUGCAGUAAUAUGUAUUUUAUAUAUAUAUACAUACAUAAAGGUUCAAUAAAUAGGUUACUUUAUAA